UCGGGUGCCGGGUUUUGGACGGGAUUUGUUAAUGCUGUGAAACUGGGUUCUAGCUCGGUAAAGAUAUUCGUCCAUUUUGUAAGAUGGGGUGCUUUAGACAUACUGAUGAAGAGGAAAACCAGCGCAGGCAAACGAACAGAAAGAUUGAGAGGCAGUUGCAACGGGAAAAACAGUCCUACCGCGCGACACACCGACUGUUAUUGUUAGGUGCUGGAGAAUCCGGAAAGUCUACUAUUGUAAAACAGAUGAGAAUUCUCCACGUCAAUGGAUUUAAUUCUGAAGAACGAAAGGAAAAAAUAGAGGACAUAAAAAGAAAUGUACGGGAUGCUAUUUUGACCAUCACUGGUGCCAUGUCCGUGCUGAAUCCACCAGUCAUGCUAGAAAAUCCGGAUAACCAGUUCCGAGUGAACUACAUACAGAACGAGUCAAUGGUGCCUGACUUUGAUUACCCAACAGAGUUCUAUGAACACACAGAAAUUCUCUGGAAAGACAAGGGAGUCCAAAGCUGUUUUGAACGAUCCAAUGAAUACCAGUUAAUAGAUUGUGCCCAAUACUGCCUUUCAUGUGCCGGGUGCAACCAGGACAACUGCUGCCCUUUCUGUGUGAAUUUGUCAGAAGAAACCUGGGCCACCAAGCGAAGACCAUUCAAGAGCCGGAAACGCAACAUGGGUGGCUCAGGUCAAAGUCGGGAAAGUUCGGCUAGCCGGGACUUUUCCCCACACGACCUCGACCACAUGGCAUCAGGAGAUGCCAUGCAUCGGUCCUUGCCCGGUGAUGACACCGGUCCGGGGACUUCACCGGUCACCGGUCAACAUUGA